AUGUGGAUUCUCGACUGGUUUUGGGAUAUCUUGGCCCAGCUGGGUCUGGCCAACAAGCACGCCAAACUGCUCUUCCUCGGCCUCGAUAACGCUGGCAAGACCACUCUCCUCCACAUGCUCAAGAACGACCGCGUAGCCAUCCUUCAGCCCACCCUCCACCCAACCUCAGAAGAGCUCAGCAUCGGCAAUGUCCGCUUCACCACGUUCGAUCUCGGCGGUCACCAGCAGGCCCGACGCCUGUGGAAGGACUACUUCCCCGAAGUCAGCGGCAUCGUCUUCCUCGUCGACGCCAAGGACCCAGAGCGCUUCGCCGAGAGCAAAGCCGAGCUCGACGCCCUCCUCAGCAUGGAGGACCUCAACAAGACCCCCUUCCUCAUCCUCGGCAACAAGAUCGACCACCCCAACGCCGUCAGUGAAGAUCAGCUGCGACAUGAGUUGGGUUUGUACCAGACUACCGGCAAGGGCAAGGUGCCGUUGGAUGGCAUAAGACCCAUUGAGAUCUUCAUGUGCUCGGUGGUCAUGAGACAAGGAUACGGUGACGGUAUCCGCUGGCUGUCCCAGUACGUCUAG